AUGUUAAAGGUUAUGAGCCCAAAUGCUUCAAAGCCCAACGAGAUACUCAGCGACGACAACUACUACCUGUGGGAGUUCAAUGUUUGGAUGGCGUUGACAAUCAAGGGGAUGCAAGAAGACCUCGAAGCCAUGAAGCCAGAAGACGCAGCGCGCCGUGAGACAGAGGAGUGGAAGGCCGCCGACAUGAAGGCGCUGGCUAUUGUGGCCCAAAUUCUUAAUUCAACCUACCAAUCGAUGAUUCGCGAGCGGGGUUUACCCCAGAAGUAUGAUGCAAUGAUCCCUUAUUAUCGAGGCGCAGGAGAAGGUGACGUUGCUGGACGCAAAGAGAUGCUACUCCGUGAGCUCGAGUUCGCUAAGAAGAAAGAGGAGAAUGAGCAAGCAUUCAAGUCUUUGAUGCACGAGCAAGGUGACAGAGGUGGUCGUGAAAGAGGUAACAGAGGCCGACGUGGUGGUCGAGGUGGCCGUGAAGGCUACAAUGGUGGUCGUGGUCAACACUAG